UGGGCGUGGCCUGGUGGCGGGGCGCGGCGGGCUCCCUUGGGGUCCGGGUUGGCGGACACUUGGCGGCCACGCACGAUGGAGUCGCCGGUCGAAAUGCUGGCCGUGCUACCCGCACUGGUCACGGCGCUAGCGCUGCUACUCGCCUGGCUGCUGCUGCGGCGUGGGGCGGCCCCGGUCCCGGAGAGCACCGCCCCGGCCGAGGCCCCCGGGGCUCCUGCGCCGCCUGAGCCUCCCGAGCCCUGCGCCCCGGAGCCAGCACCCGCGGGACCGUGCCAGUCCGAGCGCGUGGCGGAGCCGGGGGAGCCCGAGACGGAGGAGCCAGUGGCCGAGGAGAGACAGGAUGAAGACUCAGACAGUGAGAUGGGGCCACCCACUGAAGAACCUGAGGAAGAAGACGGAGCAGCCUUCUCCUUUAAGUACAGCCCUGGGCAGCUGAGGGGAAGCCAGUACAAGAAGAUGAUGACCAAAGAAGAACUGGAGGAGGAACAGAGAGUUCAGAAAGAACAGCUGGCUGCCAUCUUCAAGCUCAUGAAGGACAACAAGGACACGUUUGGUGAGAUGUCAGAUGGGGACGUGCAGGAGCAACUCCGACUCUAUGACAUGUAGGCCUGUCUGUCACCCGGCAAGACGUGACCCAGGACAUCCUGACAACCCCGAGGGACUUGGUCUGGGGAGUUGUGACUCCCAGACUUUUAUUUGAAAGACUGCCGUAUGAAAACAGACAGAUCUGUUAUAUAAGGAACUGCCUGGUCCCUGCAAUUUAAAUAUCAUGUCAGAGGAAUCGGCGUUACUUCUUCAGAGGAGGAAACCCCUGAUCCCUCUGGCUUCAGGUUGCUGGUGAGGGUCCAGCUGUGCUGUGUUCUACAGACUCAGGGCGGGUGGGCCAGGAGAGAUGAUGGGGGCUUGGUGCUUGGAACCUAAGUACUUGGUGUAGACAGAAUACGGGGUGCUCUAGGGGGAUAGGCAUUACUUAGUAACAUCACACUCUUCAGUCUGCCCUAAGGGGAAUGAAGCAUCUGGAAGCAUCUGGGGUGGUGGCUUAAGCAAGCAGCAGGGGAGCAAUGUUUUAGUAAAAGUCCGUCACCCUGGGGCACAACAGUGGUUCGCUGCUGAAGCCUGUCUUCAGUACAGUCACGCCUUGAGCGUGUUUGGCACACAGAGGAUUAUGCUGGACACAGAGCAGGAGCCCUGGGGAGAGCAUUUGUGUCCUAGGUUCAAGGCCCCUGAGUUCCAUUCCCAGCAAUAGACACCCUCCUCCCCACACCCCACCCCACCCCAAAAAGACAACGUGAUCGUUACCUCUGGUGAGACUAACGGCCUUUAGAGAAUGAGAAACUACCAGAAAGCACUCAAAAAAGUGCCCCAGUGUCCUCUAGAAUAAGUGCCGAGGUAGCACACUCAGUGACAGUGGGGAUAGGGACCACAGCUGCUCCCUCUUGCCCACAUCUCCUACUUAUUGUCACCCCAUUUGCCAGAAAGUUCAUAGCCUGAGCAGACUGAAUCAAGGGUACCCUAAGGACAGGAGGAGGAAAGGUUUUUUGUUUUUCUUUUUCCAUAAAGGGUUUUUAUGUGUAGCCCUGGCUGUCCUGGAACUCACUCUGUAGACCAGGCUGGUCUGAAACUCACAGAGAUCCACCUGCCUCUGCCUCCGAGUUCUGGGAUUGAAGCCUUGGGCCACCACCAACCGGCUAGUAGGAAAGCUCUUAGGGUUCGUUUUUAUUUGCUAAAAUAAAACUAAAUCGAUAUAGAGACAUAGCUCAAAGUAUGGAGACCGGAGUUAACUUUUUAAAGAUUUACUUUCUUUUUAACUCUGUGUGUGUGUGUGUGUGUGUGUGUGUGUGUGUGUGUGUGUGUGUGUGUGUGCGUGCAGAUGCCUGGAGAGAGGGCUCAGCAGUUAAGGGUGCUUGCUCCUCCACAGGACCUCAGUGCGGUCCUCACAGCCCAUGGCAGGCGCCUCACAGCCUCCUGUUACCCCAGCUACAGAGCAUAAGAACCUCCUCCUCUUCUUACCUUCACGGUACCACACACAUGUACACACUUGUGCACAAAUGAUGAAAUAAAUGUAUCUGCAAACCCAGAA